GGCCGUCGGGCAGACAGUAGGACGGCGACGCCACUGAGAGUCGGUGACCACGGCGCGAGGAGCGCGCUCGCCGCACAGUGACAUGUAGCGCGGCCGCCGCGCCGCAGCCCCGCGACCACUCCGCCGGUGGCGGCGCGCCGAUGCGCCUGCCGCCCGGCCCGACGCCGACGCCCGCGCCGCGAUACCUUCCCGCGAUCCGCAACUAAUCCUCACCAGUGUCACUUUCACUGUUACACCUGAAGCGAGCCCUUCAGCCCGUCUGUAUUGACGACAGUCGUCGGAUGGAACCCGGAGUGCGCCGAUUCGCAUCAAGGUUAGACGAAUAUUUGAAUGUGAGUGUUAGUGCGCCGCCCGCCGACGAUCCAGCGCGCCCUAGCGCACCCCUGUACUUCAGCUGUACGCGCACACUACAGUAACACAUAGCGGCGGGAGCUAGCUCAGACAUGGGAAGUGAGCACUAUUGCCUAAGGUGGAACAAUCAUCAGAGCAACCUGCUGGGAGUAUUCAGCCAGUUGCUGCACGACGAGAGUCUGGUGGACGUCACGCUAGCCUGCUCCGAAGGUGCAUCCAUUAGGGCUCAUAAGGUAGUGCUGUCUGCGUGUUCAUCGUACUUCCGAUCUCUGUUCGUGGACCACCCGUCGCGUCAUCCAAUCGUGAUCCUGAAAGACGUGGGCCUAGAGGAACUACGGACCCUUGUGGACUUCAUGUACAAGGGCGAGGUCAACGUCCAGUAUUGUCAACUGCCUGCUCUCCUCAAAACUGCCGAGAGCCUUCAGGUAAAAGGACUAGCUGAAAUGACUACUUUAAGCGCAGCCGGCAUUGAAACAAGAAAAGUUCAAGAACCAAUGGAAGAGUGUCAACCACAGGAGACAAGAGAAAGUUCAGAAACACAUGAAAAGUUAGACGGCAGAGAUCACAGAGAAAAGGAGGAUCGGCGCGAACCGAAAGAGACACGGGAAGUCCGUGAAAGAGAAAACAAAGAGACUCGUGAAGUAAGAGAAACUCACGUUAGAGAGAGUCACACAAGAGAACCUCGAGAGUCGAGGGAAUCAAGAGAACAUAGAGACAGAGAACAAAGAGAACCUCGUGAUCUAAGAGAGUCACGAGAUAUUAGAGAAUCAAGAGACCCUCGUGACUUGAGGGAUCCCCGCGAACUGCGGGAACAUAGGGAAUCUAGAGAAUCGAGGGAAAUUUCACGAGAUUUAAGAGAGGUUCGGGAUCCAAGGGACUUACGCGAAUCUCGGGAAACUCGUGACCACAGAGAAAUGCCAGAAGCGUCGCCCCCAAGAAUAUCGCCGUUACUUUCGGUGCGGCGAUUUAGGCCAGACCUGUCGGGCGAGGCUCCUUCCCUCACACACCCUCCUAUACCAAAAGACGAACCACCUGAUGAGCCCAUGCGAUCAUCGUCGCCAGAAGACGAUACGGUGUCGAUUAGAUCAAAUGGUGCACAAAAUGAAAAUAUUGGGUUGAACAUGACGAUAAACAGCCACGGUGGUGGGGCCCUGGGCGCGCACUACGCGGCGGAGCGGCUGAGCGCGCUGGGCGGGCUGCACGGCGGCCUGCACGCGCCGCUCGCGCCGUCGCCGCGCGCCGAGCCCGUCGCCGGGCCCUCCGGCCUGCCGCCCGUGCAGCAGGUGCCCUUGUCAUUGAAGAAAGAAAUUGACUGGGACAGGACCAAUGAAGAGAAGGCUGGUGGCGAGACAUCCUCAGAGUACAGAAUGCAACAUGAAUCCAUGUGCCUGGACAUGUCGUGCGGGUCCCCGAGCGUGGCGAGCCCCAUCCCGGCGCGCAGCCCCACCGCGCUGCCGCUGUGGUCGCCGCUGCUGGCGCUGCAGGCCUGCCGCCUGCGCCGCUACCUCAGCGACGACUGCAUGCUGUACCAGCACCGCCACCUGCUGCACGCGGAGCGGCGGCGCUGCGGCGUGUGCCUGGCGUCCUUCCCGUCCGCCUGGCUGCUCGAGCGCCACGCCGCGCUGCAGCACGCCGCCGCCGCGCCGCUGGACGACAAGCCCUUCGUGUGCGAGCAGUGCGGCCAGUCCUACCGCUACCGCUCCGCCUACGUCAAGCACCGCGAGCAGAACCACCGCGCCCGUCUGCCCGCCGACAAGCUCUUCACCUGCGACGUCUGCGGCAUGCAGUUCCGCUACCUCAAGUCCUUCAAGAAGCACCGCCUCAACCACACCCUCGAGCGUCUCCACACCAAGAACACCGACGCGCCCGAGACCGACCAGGUCUCCAGCACCAACGAGGCGCUCAUCGGCCAGUGCGGGGAAAUGGAUCUCUCUAUGAAGAAGAAAAACAGAAAUGAUGCCUCUAAGACACCUACAGCUGAAGUAAUCCGAGACGCUGAACAAGAUAGCACUGUCGAUUCGAACGGCGCCACUGACUCUGUAGUCACCGUCGACGAUUCAAUAGAGUGUCGCACUUCGGGUGCCGAGAGCGAGAGCAAAAGGGAUGACGACACGACCUCAGAGGAAAAGAGGCGAGUCCCCGUUUCCUUCGCCAGCAUCAGUUCUAUGGCGGACAGUUCAGAGAACGAGUCCCGAGCUGACAGCAGCAAACACGAGAGCUCCAGCUCGCACUCCGGGAUACUCAGCUUCAUGCAAAACGACGAGAGACAGAGGGACAGGGAGCGGCGGUUCGCGUGCCCGUUCUGCGGCAAGUGCGUGCGCUCGAAGGAGAACCUGAAGCUGCACGUGCGCAAGCACACGGGCGAGCGGCCCUUCGUGUGCCUGUUCUGCGGCCGCGCGUUCGGCGGCAAGAGCGACCUCACGCGCCACCUGCGCAUCCACACGGGCGAGCGGCCCUACCACUGCGAGGCGUGCGGCAAGUGCUUCGCGCGCGCCGACUACCUCUCCAAGCACCUCACCACGCACGUGCACAACACGCGCUGACCGCCCGCGCCCUCUCCGCAUACCUCCGGCGCAAUAUAACUCCACUCCAUGCAGCUCCCUCGAUAAAGGUACGCUAUUGUGAACAGGUUUUGCGGAAUUCAAUGACCGACCGAAUGUCUCGAACCGUUUCGGGACUUGAUGUUUAGGCUGGCGCGUUUCGAUCUCGUACACAGUUGAUGUUUGACAUUGAUGAUCGUUUUAAUUUAUCGUUAGUGACGAGUGACACCCCCGUAAGUGCGGGGUGGUCACAGCACAGGGCAAUGAACUACUGCAUGGAGUCGGUAGUUACAUUGUGCCCCUAUAGUUAAUGACCGAGUCAUAUUAUAACAGUAAAUGGGAAUAUUUUUUAAAAACGUUUUUAAACUUUACAACAUUAUUGAUAUAAGCAGGUUUAAUUAGAAUUUUACAGGACUAUUUUUCGUUUUGGAGUGUUUUAUGUAUAUUUAUGAAAAUAAUUUUCUAUAUUUAUUCUGGAAACAAAUAGUGAAUGAAAACUAGUUCUGUUUGCCGCAGAGCAAUAAUAACUAUAGAUGCUUAUUUUUUUCAUGCUGCAAUUACAUUUGUGUUGAACACAAUGGCUUGAAAAACUGCUUACUUACGCUAUGAGUUGCUGUCUCAGGCGAAACAUUAUUAAUGAAUUAGUAUUUAACUAUGCACACUUGAAUCGUUUAACGUAAGAAUUUUGCAUUAAUGUGCAGUGUUUGCUUGUCUCUCAUCAUGCCAGUAAUUUAGCAGUCUCGUUUUGUGUAACGUAGUUAUACAAUGCAGCGCAUUUGUUUUACGAUGAGGGACCAAGUGUGACGCUUUGAAGGACACGAGCAUUUGACUACAACUUAUGUUCAUCUGGCUAACGACCACGGUGUCAGUAUAACUUAUCACGGUGAACAUUCACAAUGUGACAUCUUGACACACGAUUUGCGUUUUAGUAAAAGGCUUAAACAUAGUUUCUUUUGCCAUAUUUUUGUAUGCCUACGUAUAAUAAGAUUUUUUAAAUAACUCAUUCCAUUAAAGAGGAACUAGAAAAUUGGUAGUCGUGACGAUAGGUUAUUAGGAGAAUGCAAAAACUGUGAUUCGUACGAUUAAGACCAGUCAAACAAGUUUUAGAACAUCGAAAAAUGUUUUAUGUAAUUUAAAAAUAACGUUAUCUAACAAUUAAUAUACCUACGUAUUAAUUAACUUUAGUUUUAAGAAAUCUCUCUGUGCCAAAAUAUGUACCUCAUAAAAAUAAACACUGAAGUAGAUAAAUUAAUUGUCAAUAAUUGUUUGUACACAUUUUGUUUUAUAUUUGAUAUUACAGUACAGAAAACAAGAUAUAAUAUAAUAGAUAGACUGGUUCUUCAGUCGAAACUCCUACGAGCCUAAAGGUUAGAUUAUAUUGUCUAUGGAUUUUAUUCAGUCGGCAAAUAGUCGUCCGCAAUGUUCCAGGAAAUGCGUCCGAUUGCCCUAAUUCGCGCCAUUUCGAAUUUUAAGAAUAAUAUAUUUAUAUCCAUCGAUAUAUAUGUACUACGUACUAGAUAGAACGUUCCGAACAAAAAGCUUACCACACUGAACUGCAGUGCAGACUAUGCAGUGCCCAAAAUGGCAAAUCAGA